AUGUCUGUGGAUAAAAUAUCAGGCUUCAAAAAGGUUCCACAGCACAUCCAAGACUUUCUCUACUAUCAGCACUGCCGCCAUUUCCCCAUGCUACUGGACCUUCCUGACAAAUGUGGAGGAGCUGAUAAAUCUUCAGAAGUCUUCCUUCUACUGGUCAUUAAAAGUUCCCCUGAGAACUAUGAACGCAGAGAGGUGCUGCGUAAAACCUGGGCUAAGGAGAGGUUACACAAUGGUGUGUGGAUCCGGAGGAUCUUCAUCUCUGCAACGAUGCAUUCUGGUUUUGAAAAAGAACGACUAAACAAACUGCUUGAAGAGGAGCAACGCGAGAACAGUGACAUCCUCCAGUGGGACUUUAAUGACACAUUCUACAACCUCACCUUGAAGCAGAUUGUUUUCCUAGAAUGGAUGGAAAGAAACUGUCCGAAAGCUCGCUUCUUGCUAAAUGGUGAUGAUGAUGUAUUCGCCAACACAGACAACAUGGUCGAGUAUCUCCAAUCGCUCAAGGACAACGAUGGAAGCAAACAUCUCUUUACCGGUCAUUUGAUCCAGGGCAAGGGGCCUGUUCGAUGGACAAAAAGCAAGUACUAUGUCCCAGUACAGGUGCAGGAGUCAGAUUCAUAUCCUCCUUACUGUGGUGGUGGGGGCUUCCUCCUGUCUGGCUAUACAGCUUUGGUCAUAUACAAUAUGUCCCAGUCCAUUACCAUUCAUCCUAUCGACGAUGUUUACAUGGGGAUGUGUCUGGCCAAAGCAGGGCUUGGUCCUGUUUCCCAUAUGGGCUUCAGGACCAUUGGACUGUACAUCCCCUCAAAGAAAAUUGAUAUUUAUGACCCUUGUUACUACAGAGAUCUUUUAUUGGUACACAGAUUCCUUCCAGCUUUACAGUGA